UAACAGAAAUAAUCUCCAGAUGCUUUCUGAAUUGUUGUUUCUUGGGACUCCAAAGCUCUACAGGCUAGACCUCAGUGAAAACCAGAUUCAUGCCAUUCCAAGGAAGGCUUUCCGGGGCGCUGUGGACAUUAAAAACCUGCAACUGGAUUACAACCAGAUCAGCUGUAUUGAAGAUGGGGCGUUUAGGGCUCUCCGCGAUCUGGAAGUGCUCACUCUCAACAAUAACAAUAUCACCCGACUCUCAGUGGCCAGUUUCAACCAUAUGCCUAAACUCAGAACCUUCCGACUUCACUCCAACAACCUCUACUGUGAUUGCCAUCUGGCUUGGCUCUCGGACUGGCUGCGACAACGACCGCGGGUUGGCCUCUACACCCAGUGCAUGGGCCCGUCACACUUACGGGGUCACAACGUGGCUGAAGUUCAAAAACGAGAAUUCAUCUGCAGCGGUAAGGGGCCCCCUUUUCUGGAGGUGGGAUCGGAGCAGAAUCUAAGUGCUCAACGGUUGGAGCAAAAUUCAAUCAAGGUCAUCCCUCCUGGAGCUUUCUCGCCGUAUAAGAAGCUGAGAAGAAUUGAUUUGAGUAACAAUAACGAUCUCUAUGGAGUUUGGAACAGGAGCACAGUUGAACACCAUCCAGCAGAGCUUGCACUGCCCCCAGACCCCAUGUGGAGCUUGAGAGUUGGGACAGCCAGGCCCACGCCACUCCUGAACCCCCCCGUGGAGCAUGAGGGCGGGGCAAGCCCAUCUGGUCCUGAUCCCAAUCUCCUCAUAGAAUUUGGAGUGAGUGUUCUCUACGGAAACAAAAUCACCGAGCUUCCCAAAGGUCUGUUUGAAGGACUCUUCUCCCUGCAGUUGUUAUUGUUGAACGCUAACAAGAUAAAUUGCCUGCGAGUCGACGCUUUUCAAGACCUCCACAACUUGAACCUCCUGUCUUUGUACGAUAAUAAGCUGCAGACCAUCGCGAAGGGCACCUUCUCCCCGCUCCGAGCCAUUCAGACCCUGCAUUUGGCUCAGAACCCAUUUAUUUGUGACUGCCAUCUGAAGUGGCUGGCGGAUUAUCUCCAUACAAACCCCAUUGAAACCAGCGGUGCCCGCUGCACCAGCCCCCGCCGUCUGGCAAACAAAAGGAUCGGGCAGAUCAAAAGCAAGAAAUUUCGCUGCUCAGCGAAAGAACAGUAUUUCAUUCCAGGCACAGAAGACUACAGAUCAAAACUUAGCGGCGAUUGUUUUGCAGUAAUCAUACUGGCUUGCCCGAAAAAAUGUAAACUCCCAUGAAGGGGAUCGAUGGUGGACUGCUCCAAUCAAAAGUUUAGCAAACUUCCUGAUCAUAUUCCUCAGUACACAGCUGAACUGCGACUCAACAACAAUGAAUUCACAGUAUUGGAAGCUACAGGGAUCUUUAAGAAGCUUCCUCAGUUGCGUAAAAUAAAUCUUAGCAAUAACAAAAUCACGGAUAUCGAAGAAGGAGCGUUUGAAGGCGCGUCGGGUGUAAACGAGCUGCUGCUGACAAGCAACCGGUUAGAAAAUGUUCGGCAUAAAAUGUUCAAAGGUCUCGAAAGUUUGAAAACCCUGAUGCUAAGAAGUAAUCGGAUUAGCUGUGUGAGCAACGAUAGUUUCACCGGCCUGAGUUCCGUCCGGCUGCUAUCUUUGUAUGACAACCAAAUCACCACCAUCGCUCCAGGUGCCUUCGAUACGCUCCAUUCCCUCUCCACGCUAAACCUCUUAGCCAAUCCGUUCAACUGCAACUGCCAUCUAGCGUGGCUUGGGGAGUGGCUACGGAAGAAGCGCAUCGUAACGGGGAACCCUCGCUGUCAGAAGCCCUACUUCCUGAAAGAAAUCCCAAUACAGGAUGUCGCCAUUCAAGAUUUCACUUGCGAUGAUGGUAAGAAAUGCAGUGGUUGCUUUAGUACCAUCUCUGCUUGGAAAGGCAGAAGCCACUUAUUUGUAUCUGUGACUAUGGAUUUGUCUUUCUUUGAAGGUCCGGUGGACGUCAGCAUCCUUGCGAAAUGCAGCCCCUGUUUAUCAAACCCGUGCAAAAAUGACGGGACAUGUAACAACGACCCUGUGGACUUCUAUCGAUGCACCUGUCCUUACGGUUUCAAGGGCCAGGACUGCGACAUUCCGAUUCACGCCUGUAUUAGCAGUCCUUGUAAACACGGGAGCACUUGCCACUUGAAAGAAGGUGAAAAAGAUGGAUUUUGGUGUGCCUGCACAGACGGGUUUGAAGGUGAACACUGCGAGGUGAAUAUUGAUGACUGUGAAGAUAAUGACUGUGAAAAUAAUUCGACCUGCGUAGAUGGAAUAAACAACUACACCUGCCUUUGCCCACCUGAAUACACAGCUGCUAAUCUGAACGAAGUGGAAAAAGGUGAGCUGUGUGAAGAGAAGCUGGACUUCUGUGCCCAAGACCUCAACCCUUGUCAGCACGACUCAAAGUGCAUCCUGACACCCAAAGGAUACAAAUGUGAUUGCAUACCUGGCUAUGUAGGGGAACACUGUGAUAUUGACUUUGACGACUGCCAAGACAAUAAGUGUAAAAAUGGAGCGUACUGUACUGAUGCGGUGAACGGUUACACGUGCAGAUGCCCUGAAGGGUAUAGUGGUCUUUUCUGUGAGUUUUCCCCACCGAUGGUCUUGCCUCGCACCAGUCCGUGUGAUAAUUACGAGUGUCAAAAUGGAGCCCAGUGUAUCACCAAAGCCAAUGAGCCUGUCUGUCAGUGUUUGUCGGGUUACCAGGGCGAUAAAUGCGAGAAGCUGGUCAGCAUACAUUUUGUGAACAAAGAGUCCUACUCUGGGUCAUACAAGCCAAGAUUAAAAUAUCAGACAAAUAUCCAGUCUCCAGAUGAAUUCAAGGGGAUUGCUACAAACGAGGACAGUGGGAUCCUUUUGUAUAAAGGCGACCAAGAUCAUAUAGCCGUGGAACUGUAUCGGGGGCGAGUGAGGGUCAGCUAUGAUACAGGAUCGUACCCAGCGUCUGCCAUCUACAGUGUCGAAACUAUCAAUGAUGGUAACUUCCACGUAGUUGAGUUACUGGCCAUGGAUCAGAGUCUAUCUUUGUCUGUGGAUGGAGGAAGUCCUAAAGUCAUUUCCAACUUGUCGAAACAAUCCACUUUGAAUUUUGACUCACCGCUGUAUAUGGGAGGGGUGCCCAUGAAGAACAACGUUGCUGCUUUGCACCAGCCCCCGGGUCAAAAUGGCACCAGCUUCCAAGGCUGCAUCCGCAAUUUGUACAUCAACAGUGAACUGCAGGACUUCAGGAACGUCCCGCUGCAGAUGGGGAUCCUCCCUGGCUGUGAGCCGUGUCACACGAAGAUGUGCCUCCACGGGACAUGCCACGUGACGAGCCAGUCAGGCUUUUCCUGUGAGUGCGAUGGAGGAUGGACCGGCCAGCUUUGCGAUCAGCAAACUAAUGAUCCUUGUCUAGGAAAUAAAUGUGUGCAUGGUACCUGCUUGCCAAUCAAUGCGUUUUCAUACAGUUGUAAAUGCCUGCAGGGACAUGGGGGCGUCCUCUGUGAUGAAGAUGGAGAACUGUUUAACCCCUGCCAGUCCAUCCGAUGUAAACAUGGUAAAUGUCGGCUUUCAGGCCUUGGGAAACCGUAUUGCGAAUGCAGCAGCGGAUACACUGGGGACAGCUGCGAUCAAGAAAUCUCUUGUCGAGGGGAACGAAUCCGAGAUUACUUCCAAAAGCAGCGAGGCUACGCCGCGUGCCAGACGACCAAGAAGGUAUCGAGACUAGAGUGCCAAGGAGGGUGUUCGACUGGGCCGUGCUGCGGGCCGCUGAGGACCAAGAGGAGGAAAUACUCUUUUGAAUGCACUGACGGGUCCUCUUUCGUGGACGAAGUUGAGAAAGUGGUGAAGUGUGGCUGUACGAAAUGCCCCUCCUAAGCGUGCUCCGUUUUUGCCCACGUCUAUUUUUUUUAAAUGUUGUAUACUUAUUGACCAUGUCGGACUAAUUAUUGCUACAUAGUGGAAAGAUUUGAAAUAUAUUGUAAAAUACAGAACAGACUUAUUUUUAUUAUGAGAAUAAAGACUUCGUUUUUUUCUUCGCUUGCAAAAAAAAAAUUAAAAUCAGAGGCUUGAACUGUGAGACUUCUUCUGACCUAGAGGAGCGUUAAAGGAAAAAGAAAAAGUUAAAAUAAAGACCCAGUAACGUUUCAGCAAUGAUUGGAAACUUAACUGCUUUUAACGUCAGUCCUUUAUAACAUGCUGAGGAUAAACACAAGCACCUUCCACAUGACUUUCUACCCUUCAGUCUUACUGAUCAAUAGGAAUAGGAGACUUCUUUUUUUACUGAACAAUAGUUUUUGAGGAGGUUUUGUAUUCUUUUGACAAGACCAUAUCAGACUCUUCCAGGAGGUGGGAAGAAGAAUGGCAGGUGAAAAGAAUCCACUUGUGCAAGUUUAACAAAUGUACGUGAUGUGUUUUGUAUGCCGUUCCAUAUGCAAGUUGAGGGUGUGUGGGGGGGGGGAAACGGGGGAUCUCACCUCCUGGACGGAAGAGUAUCCCCCCACGAUCCCGAAAUCUCCUGAUCUACACUUUUCCCUGGGCGUGUUGGCAAAAGAAGAAAUCGAGUGUUCACCCACCCUUUUCCCAGUAUUAAUUUUUUGUACUAUAAAUGUUAAGGGUAAAAAAAAAAUAGAUUAUUGUUGAGAAAAUUAGGUAUAAUAUGGAGUUUUUGUUUCUAUGAGUUAUGAACAGCUCUAUACAGUAUUCAGUUUAUUGAGAAAUAUUUAUUGUUUCAAAGUACAUUGUACUUAACAUUUUAGGCUACCCCUUUUACUGUUUUUUUUCAGUGCUUUAAUAUAUAUUAAUUUAUAUUUGUCCUGAUAUUUUUGUAUUUUCUGGGUUUUUUUAAGACAUGAAAUCAGGAUAUUUGCAAUAGGACUAACAUAGCGUAUUCUCUUGGGGUAAAAUAGAUUUGGUCUGGGUUCUUUAAUUAUUUCUCCCUAGCAGCCUAUCAUGUGGUGUCACUGACGAAACUGGAAGCAACUAUCCAUUGUAGUUUUCAUGGUAGCAAAAAAUAAGUCGCCUCCUACAUCCCUGUAAUGUAUGAGAGAUGAAAAAUGUCUUUACCAUAGAUGGGAAGUGUAUAGAAUUGAGUGUUUCCCUAAAUAUACAUUAAUUUACAGCAAAUGAACUGGUGUGUAGAAAAUGACUCUGGGAAGUAGAUCUUUAGAAACUGAUAUUUCUUUGGAGUUCCUUAUCUUUAAAAUUAAAAAAGAGAGGUUGUAUUUCCAAGAACUGUGAUUCCCCACCCCCCCAAAAAAUAUUAAAACUACUUUAUUGCCCUAAUGUUUUCCUUUGUUAACUAUGUUGCUGCUAAAUCACAAUAUAAAAUUGGUAAUAAUUCUUCACAUUGGGUUGUGUUCUUCUUUCAAUAAAUCUUGGGGUACCCUGUGAAAAGGUUUUUUAAUUUUUUUAAAAAAGAAAAAAAAUUAGAUGUACAUGUGUUAUACAGUGUGGCUGUGUCUGAUCUCGACUGAUAUCAGUAAAUUUACUGAUGUUUGUAAAUUAAACAGAUAUUUACUUUGGU